UAUGAACAGAAUGAUAAAGAGUGGGAAAUGCAUGCUAUUAGUUCCAUUGCCGAAGUCAAAUAUUAUAAGAUACUUCAAAGUCAAAAAAGAAAAGGUGGGGAUAAAGCUUGUAUUGUAUUGCAUAUAGACAGAAACAGACAGUCCUCCACAGUACCACCACCCCACCACCGACGCCCUCCACUAAAAGAGAAACCCAAAGCACACGUUCCUUUCUAUAAUAUUCAAGAUCACCAAGUGGUACUGGGAAUUUAAGAAACAUUUCAAAAACCGUGUCUCGUAAUUACCUUUACAAUUAAUGCCUCACUCUUCAAAAACCUUGUCUUGUUACCUUUCAAAUGCCUAUAUAUAGGGUUACCACUUCAAGCAUUUCCAGUCAACAAAACAUACUGGUUUCUCAUAUAGCGAGUGACACGCAUAAACAUACAGAUACAUUGAGCCGUGAGAGUAUAAUCUGGAAAUGGCAAGUCCAAGAGUGUUAGGGACUGCUUUCCUGGUCUUGCUUAUUGUAGACCUCACCCUUGCUGCUAGGACACUGCAGGCAGUCAGUGGAGGUGGAGGUGGAGGGCAGGGAGGAGGUGGUGGUGGUGGUGGUUCUGGAUCAGGACUUGGGUCAGGUUAUGGUUCUGGGUCUGGAUCCGGGAGCGGUGAAGGAUACGGUGCUGGUGGUCGUGGAGGAGGUGGAGGCGGAGGCAGUGGCGGAGGUGGAGGUGGUGGCAUUGGUGGAGGCAAUGGGUCAGGUUCUGGCUAUGGGUCUGGUAGCGGCUCAGGCUAUGGUUCUGGUAGUGGGAUAGGUGGUGGUGAAGGUGGUGGUGGUGGUGGCGGCAGUGGAGGUGGUGGCGGCGGCGGUCAGGGCUCUGGAUCUGGAAGUGGGUCAGGCUAUGGAAGUGGAAGUGGAAGUGGAAGCGGGAGUGGCGGUGGCAAGGGUGGGAAAGGAAGUGGAGGAGGAGGAGGAGGAGGUGGUGGUGGGGGUGGAGGAUCCGGCUCCGGCUCUGGCUCAGGUUAUGGCAGCGGGUCUGGUAAUGGGGAGGGAUAUGGAGGAGGGAAAGGUAAUUAAAAGCUUGCCAUGAACACAGAGGUUACCUUUUCUUUUGUAUUCUGAAAUAAAAUUGCGAAAGCUCACAUGCAUGCAUAUAUUAUGUUGACGAGCAAUUACAAAUGUGCUCUUAAUGAAGUCACUUUUUAGAGUAAAUUUUACUCUAAAAGUAUAUUUUAUAGAUAA